AUGGGACUUUGUCAUGGAAAACCCAUUGAGCCUCCACCAAACCUAUCUGAAAAUCCAAUAAUCCCAGGUGAAAACCAUGAAUCUGCAUUCAGUUCUUCAACUGGGAAAACCCCAAAAUUUCCAUUUUACAGCCCAAGCCCACUGCCUAGUGCAUUCAAGAGCUCCCCUGCAAACUCUAGCAGUGUCGCCUCAACUCCUUUGCGCUUCCUUAAGCGCCCAUUUCCACCACCAUCUCCGGCUAAGCAUAUUAAGGCUUUGCUUGCGAGGAGGCAUGGGUCUGUGAAGCCUAAUGAGGCCACUAUACCGGAAGGGAGUGAGUGUGAGAUCAUUGGACUGGACAAGAAUUUCUGUUUCUCGAAUAAUUUCACAACCCUCUAUGAGAUUAGGGAAGAGGUUGGGAGGGGUCACUUUGGGUACACUUGUUCGGCUAAGGGAAAUAAAGGGAGCUUGAAGGGCCAGGAUGUCGCUGUUAAAGUUAUACCGAAGUCGAAGAUGACUACAGCGAUUGCGAUAGAGGAUGUCAGAAGGGAAGUGAAGAUAUUACGUGCUCUCACGGGACAUAAAAACUUGGUGCAAUUCUAUGAUGCCUACGAGGAUGAAGACAAUGUCUACAUAGUGAUGGAGCUAUGUAAAGGAGGAGAAUUAUUAGAUAGGAUACUUUCUAGGGGUGGCAAAUACUCUGAAGAAGAUGCCAAAGCUGUCAUGGUACAGAUUCUAAGUGUGGUUGCCUAUUGUCACCUCCAAGGUGUGGUUCACCGUGAUUUGAAACCUGAGAAUUUUCUCUUCACUUUGAAGGAUGAGAAUUCCCCGAUCAAGGCCAUUGACUUUGGACUUUCUGAUUAUGUGAAGCCAGAUGAAAGGCUGAAUGAUAUUGUUGGAAGUGCAUACUAUGUAGCUCCUGAAGUUUUGCAUAGGUCUUACGGAACUGAAGCUGACAUGUGGAGUAUUGGUGUGAUUGCUUAUAUUCUUCUUUGUGGAAGCAGGCCCUUCUGGGCUCGGACAGAAUCCGGAAUAUUUCGAGCUGUCCUAAAGGCUGAUCCGAGCUUUGAUGAGGCCCCAUGGCCCUCUUUGUCUUCUGGUGCUGUAGACUUUGUGAAGAGAUUAUUGAACAAAGAUUAUCGUAAAAGGCUAACAGCAGCUCAGGCACUUAGUCAUCCUUGGCUGGCUGGUCAUCACGAGGUCAAGAUACCACUGGAUAUGAUAACUUAUAAGCUUGUAAAAGCUUAUGUAUGUUCUUCCUCUCUGAGGAAAGCAUCUUUGGGGGCUCUUGCAAAAACAUUGACAAUACCACAGUUAGCCUAUCUCCGGGAACAGUUCACAUUGUUGGGGCCAAACAGAAGUGGAUUUAUAUCCCUACAGAAUUUCAAAAUGGCAGCUGUCGGAAAAUACUCGACGGACGCAAUGAAGGAUUCACGGGUUCUAGAUUAUGUCCAUGUGGUGAGUUCUCUGCAAUACAGAAAAUUAGAUUUUGAAGAAUUCUGUGCAGCAGCAAUAAGUGUACAUCAGCUGGAAGGAAUAGAAAGCUGGGAGCAGCAUGCGCGUCAUGCCUAUGAGUUUUUUGAGAAGGAUGGAAACCGGCCCAUUAUGAUUGAGGAACUUGCCUCAGAGCUUGGACUUAGUCCAUCUGUUCCUGUUCACGUAGUUCUUAAGGAUUGGAUAAGACAUUCCGAUGGGAAGCUCAGCUUCUUGGGAUUUGUCAGACUUCUACACGGAGUUUCUUCCCGCGCAUUUCAGAAGGCUUAA